ACUCGCUCCUUCGUCCACUUCUGCCGCUUGUGCCUCAGAUUUUCUGACUGCCCAUUUAGCACUACCGUAGCUGGAGGGACGUUCCGCACCCGUUAAUCAGAGGAAUUAAAGUGGCGAUCAAUUCAAGGUUAAUGUCAAGGAUUUACUCAACGAUAAAAGUAUGACUAAAAGUACCACCAUUCACUGGCUGGGUAUUUUUCAACGGGGUACCAACUAUGCGGGGGGUGUUGCUUCGGUCACCCAGUGUCCUAUCACUACGGGAAGCUCAUUCUUAUAUGACUUCCCCAUACCGGAUCGAGCUGGGACAUUUUGGUACCACUCGAAUUUGUCAAUACAAUACUGCGACGGAUUGCGCGGCCCAUUCGUCGUAUAGACGGAAUAAAUGACCCACAUAGGACUCUAUAUAACAUCGA